UUUCAGGAGUCAUCACCCCUUGCUGGGUUUUACAAAAGACUGAGUUACCUGGUAGGAAUUUCAGGAGGAAGGGAAUUUCAUUAUUAUCAACAAGUUCUAUAGAAACCUAUACCCUCAUUUACUCUAUAAGUACGAAGGACUGCAGGAAGUUAUUAGACCUGCAUAAUAGCUAUGAAGAAAAUCACCAACACGGUGUGUUGGUGAUUUUGAUGACUGCAUUUUGUACAAAAAAUACAGGUCAAAUUGGAGUUAUCAUCACUGAUCAAUGUGACGCAUCGCAAGAUGGUGUAACUGGUUUUGACAUGUGUGAAAGUCGCCGGACCUGCUCGGUUCCACUUAACGGAUAGGGUGUGCCACAAAACGGAAAAGUGCGUCAUUUCUCUUACAAUCGGGCCACAAAUUUCCUUUGAAUCUGCAAUAUCACCCUAUUGGAUGCAAAAGUAUGCUCCAAGUCACUCACACACUUACUUAUCUACACAAAGUGAUGUACAUUUCAGCAAGUAGAGAGACUUCUUGGUUUAUUUCACUAUGAACUUUCGAAUGAAAUAGACGGGAGCCGUUUCGGAAAGAAUAAUAUAGUGAAACUUGAAUAAAUUUGCCAUAUUCAAAUAUAUUUAGUGUUUAUACGAUUGUACAGAAAUAAGUGACUAACUAGUGUAAAGUUGAAAAAAGUGACCCGAAACUAAUUAGUGUUCCAAUGAUCAGGAUACAUUUAGUGAGAAAUUUUGAAAUUUUGUGAACAUUUCCAAUAUUUGGGAUUAAAUAUAUCUAUCACUUAAAAUACAACUCUCGGAAGUAACACAUCUGCUAGCACAGGAAGGAGUAAAAUAUGACUUUCCUGCCAAAGUGAAAUAAUAUCCAGGAUUUAGGAUUCAUCACAAUCAAUAUACUCUAAGGUGCACAUAUUUUAGCGAAUAAAUUUCCAGUGCAUUUAGAAAUUUAUUCUAAGCGUUAUAAGAAUAUCGAGUGUGAAGUUAUUUUAGAUAAGUCUUCGUUCUUACAUAAUAUACAAAAAAUGCGGUUAAAGCGUGAAUCACCCUGUUUGGUACUUCGCUUCAUGCCGAUUAAUAAACUAGGAACCAACCACAAAGAUUACAAUCGAAGACGUCGGGAUUCUUCACCAUCAACCCCGGCUAGUCCAUCGGAUUGUGAAAGCAUGUAUCCCGCCACAGAUGCACCAUCAUCCUCACAUUCAUCAGGUAGUCGUAAAUUGUUCACCCGGAGUUGCUCUAGUCCAGCUGUAUCUUGUGCAGAUAUCGAGUCCCAAUUUGACAUCGAAACACAUCCAGCAUCGCCAGUAUUUCCUCAUUUGCUGCUCGGCAAUGGACGGGAUGCCGUGGAUCCUAGCAGUGUUGGGGCCAAUUGUGUACUGAAUGUGACAUGCCAGCCACCGAGUACCAAACCCAAACCUGGGCUUCAGUACAAACAAAUUCCGGCCAGCGAUACACCACACCAGAACAUAAAGCAGUACUUUCAGGAAGCGUAUGAAUUUAUUG